AGUUAAUGUAUAAACUUUGCGAAAAUAACAUAUUUCUAAAGUAGAAAAUUCUCCUAUAAACCCCCUGUAAAAAAAAAUACACCGAGACUCCUCCUUUCGGUCUGCAGACACAUGCGCACAGUACAUAGUGCAGCAUGUCGUCCAGUGAGAAAGCGUAUAGCGGAUAGACCCAGAAUUUUGACACGAUAUGAGAGAAGGGGGUUAAAAUAGAACGAGAUACAACUCAUACGGAUAAGGAUAAAAUUGACGUGGGAAUCAGUAACCAAGAGCUAGCAGACACACACGAAGGGCUUGAGAAUUGGAUACCAAUAUUAUGGUGGGCGUUGCAAAUUUCAAAGUAUGUCUACUGCUAGCGCUGUUAAUCCCAUUCGCUCAGACGAAAGACGAAUGCAUACCCAAUAUCAAAAUUUGCCUGUGGAAGGAGUCUACAUUGCAAGCGGAUUGUUCUUUUCGAAAUCUACAAGUUCCUCCUUGUUUCCUUGAAAAAUCAAACAUAACUCACUUAAAGCUAGCACAUAAUAGGUUUGAUCACGUCCCAGAUAAUUUACCACAGAAUUUGACAUGGCUAGAUUUGUCAUUCAACAAAUUACAUCAGUUGAUAAAUCUACAUAAAUAUAGACAACUGAAUCAUCUAAAUUUAGACAACAAUCAAAUAAAUGUCUCUUUCCUGCCUAAUAUGAGAGGCAUGCCAAAUUUAAGAUAUUUGUCUCUGAAACAUAAUAUUAAUUGUAUGCAGAAACUCUAUCCUCUUGGUAUUUUUGACGGCUUCAAGUCAUUAUUCCAUUUACGAAUAGAUGGUUGUGAAAACGGAAAUUUCGGAGAUAUGUUUUCAGAUCAGAAAAUCGAAACAUUAAAAAUCUUGGAAGCAUCCGGAUAUGAUGGUGUAUGCCGUAUCAAAUCCCUAUUUUCGCACGUGUUUGAUAAAUUUAACCUAACUCAUUUGGAUUUAUCCUUGUGUGAUAUUACAAAUAUCGAAAUUGGGUCACUGGCAUCUCAGACACACUUGCAGUAUUUGGACAUGUCGUACAAUAGUCGACUCGGCUUCAGGGGGUUUGGAAAUAUUUCGUACGAUCUCCAGAAUAGUACCAUAAAAGUUCUAAGACUUGUGAAAAUACACUGUACAUUUGGAUUAGGAACGAUCCUAUUACGCAAUCAUACGAAAUAUCUGAACAAGACAUCGCUGGAAGAACUAUACCUAGACAGUAACAGGCUGGAGAUGAUCGAAACAGGAUUGAUUACCUACAAUCUACCAAAGUCUCUUAAAUAUUUGUCUGUAGGCGACAAUAAGAUUGAUAAUGGAAUGUACGUAUUAGAAACGGGUUCUUUGCACAACCUGCAGACUCUUAACGUUAGUUUUCAAAUACAUUCUCAUACUGAUUUCUUCGAUGGUUGCAGCGACUAUACUGAAUCGUGUCACAAUCGUCCAGAGGUUAGAUUUUCAACCCAAAGUAUUCCUAAAGAAAUGAAAACUUAUGGAGUGUCAGAACUUCGAAAGCCACCAAUAUUCAUGUUUUACCUGCCAAAAAAUGUUCAAACAAUCUAUGCCAACGACAUGAAGUUAACGUACCCUGUUUAUGCAGUACAUUUUGGACCUUGUAAUCUGAAGCAUCUGCACUUUCAGAACAAUUUUAUUUUCAAGUUAAUUGGCCCGCUCUUUGGAAUCCAUAACGUUACAUAUAUUGAUGCCUCAAACAACUUUUGUGCUGAUAUUUCAACUCAAGCAUUGAAUGGCCUUCCAAGAUUAGAAGUAUUAAACUGUUCCCAAAAUCUUUUAGGUCAUAGUUUCGAACGAGAUAGUGCUGGGGAAAUCCUGGGGGGAAACGGAAAUCUAACUGUCUUAAAUUUACAUGAUAAUAAAAUCACUUUUUUGCCUCGUAGAGUUUUCAGAAACAACUUCAGAAUAAAACUCCUGAAUAUUUCGUACAAUAGAAUGGAGAAAUGGACAGUUGAUAUCAGCCAUAUGUAUCUGCUUGAACAUAUUGACAUGUCUUACAAUCUUUUAACAGGACUCGAUGAACAGGCCAUUAAUUUAUUACCACUACAUGAAACGUUCACAAUUAACUUUCUAGGAAAUCCGUUAUCGUGUUCUUGUGAGAACACGUUCUUUUUUCAAUGGAUGAACCAGUACCAUCACUCAAGGUUUACGCAUUUACACAACAUAACAUGUGCAUACAAGAAUGGAUCCCUUCUAUCGCUUCAAAACUUGCCAAAUAUUGUACAGAUUUUGCAGAAGGGUUGCUCCACAUACAGUUUACUGAUCAUCGUGACGUCUUCCUUUAUAUGCCUUAUUUUCAGCUUGAUAGUUUAUCGAAUCAUCUAUCGUUACCGAUGGAAAAUCCUCUAUAUUUACUAUCUCACUAAACGUGUUCUGUUUCCAGAAUUAGAGAAAACUAAGAAAAGGGUGAACUAUGAAUAUGAUGCGUUUAUUUCAUACGCGGAGGAGGACAGAAGUUUUGUGUUGAAUGAAAUUCAGAGAAGGGUGGAAAGCUAUGAACUAAAACUCUGCAUUCAUGACAGAGAUUUCCUUCCAGGAAUAUAUAUUGCUGAAAAUAUAACAAACGCCAUACAUAACAGCAGAAGAAUCGUUUUUGUAAUGACGUCACAUUUUUUGAAGUCACAUUGGUGUAUGUUCGAAUUCAAUAUGGCGCGAAUGGAAAGUAUUUACUCCCGUGGGGGAGAAAACAUUCUUUUGUUAAUUCUGUUGGAAAAAAAUGUUGUCCGAGAAAUGCCGAUGUCUCUUCUGCACGUUGUUGAAAACGAGUCGUACCUAGAGUUACCGGAUGAGUGGAUUUCCCAGUGUAUGGAAGUAUUUCGGAAAAAUCUAAAAGACGCUCUCAAAAGAAACCAGUGAGAACAAUAUUCUAUCAAUAUUUAUUAUAAAAAUGUCAGAAUGAGAAAUAGAGAGAAUGUGUGUGUCUUUGUUUGGAAUUUGUUAUUGAUGUACCUUUUAUAAAGUCAUUGUUUUUAAAUCUUUGCGAAAGAAA